GGGAAAGAAGAAAAAUAUAUAUACCUGACCGGCCCCCCCACCCCCCACAGCUUCCCCUUCCCGCUUCCCGGCCGUCCCCCUCCGCCCAGCGCAGCCCGCGGAGUCCCCUUGGCUCUGCCCAGCCCGGGCUGGGGGCCCGGGGGCGGCGGCGGGUCCCGACCGGCUCCCGGGCCGAGCCGAGCCCGGCCAAGCCGCACUGGCUUCUUUGUCUGCGGGCGGCGGCCGCCCGGGCCCUCGCCCCGGCCCCCGGCCCCCUGGCCCGGGCUGUGAGAUGAAUCUCUAAUCGGUGGCCGCCGGGCACCCGGGGCGAAGGCGGCUCGGGCUCGGGCUCCGGAUGUGCUAGGUGUGGGCUGGCCCCCAUCCCACCCUGACAAGUCACCAUGGAUCCUGGAGCCGGGCCAGAGUCAUCUCUGACUGUCAAUGAGCAGGUCAUCGUGAUGUCAGGCCAUGAGACCAUCCGAGUGCUGGAGGUUGGAGUGGAUGCCCAGAUCCCUGCUGAGGAGGAGAGCAAAGGACUGGAGGGUGUGGCCAGCAAGGGAUCCCAGAGCAGAGGCCCUGCUGAAGCCAGUGAACCUGCUGCUGAAGCUGGACCAGACAACCCAGACUCUUCUGCAGAGGCAACUGUCACUCCCGGGAAUCGCUCCGAGCCCUGCCCCUGCUGUUGCCACCUUCAGCCAAGCCCCAAGCCAGCCUCAGUCCUCGCAGACCUUGACGCCACUGGCUGUACAAGCUGCCUCCCAGGUCUUGACUCAGGAAAACUUAGCCACAGUUCUGACAGGAGUUAUGGUUCCAGCAGGGGCAGUUACUCAACCUCUUCUUAUCCCCAUCAGUAUUGCAGGUCAAGUGGCUGGUCAGCAGGGGCUGGCCGUGUGGACAAUUCCUACAGCAACCGUGGCUGCCCUCCCAGGACUGACCGCUGCUUCUCCCACGGGGGCAAUUUUCAAGCCACCUUUAGCCGGUCUCCAAGCAGCUGCUGUGCUGAACGCCACUCUCCCGGCACCCGUUCAAGCUGCCGCACCAGUACAGGCCUCCUCACCCGCCCAGCCCCGGCCACCAGCCCAGCCCCAGACGCUGUUCCAGACCCAGCCGCUGCUGCAGACCACACCUGCCAUUCUACCGCAGCCCACUGCUGCCACCGCUACUGCCCCCACCCCCAAGCCAGUGGACACCCCCUCACAGAUCACCGUCCAGCCUGCAGGCUUCGCAUUUAGCCCAGGAAUCAUCAGUGCUGCUUCCCUCGGGGGACAGACCCAGAUCCUGGGCUCCCUCACCACAACUCCAGUCAUUGCCAACGCCAUUCCCAGCAUGCCGGGGAUCAGCAGUCAGAUCCUCACCAACGCUCAGGGACAGGUUAUUGGAACACUUCCGUGGGUAGUGAACUCCGCUAGCGUGGCAGCCCCAGCACCAGCCCAGAGCCUGCAGGUCCAGGCUGUGACCCCUCAGCUGUUGUUGAACGCCCAGGGUCAGGUGAUUGCGACCCUGGCCAGCAGCCCCCUGCCUCCACCUGUGGCUGUCCGGAAGCCGAGCACACCUGAGUCCCCUGCUAAGAGUGAGGUGCAGCCCAUCCAGCCCACUCCAGCUGUGCCCCCGCCUGCUGUGGUCAUCGCCAGCCCAGCCCCCGCGGCCAAGCCAUCUGCCUCUGCUCCCAUCCCAAUUACCUGCUCAGAGACCCCUACGGUCAGCCAGUUGGUGUCCAAGCCUCAUACCCCGAGUCUGGAUGAGGAUGGGAUCAACUUAGAAGAGAUCCGGGAGUUUGCCAAGAACUUUAAGAUCCGGCGGCUAUCCCUGGGCCUCACACAGACCCAGGUGGGUCAGGCUCUGACUGCAACAGAAGGCCCAGCCUAUAGCCAGUCAGCUAUCUGCCGGUUCGAGAAGCUGGACAUCACGCCCAAGAGUGCCCAGAAGCUGAAGCCGGUGCUGGAGAAGUGGCUGAAUGAAGCUGAACUCCGGAACCAGGAAGGCCAGCAGAACCUGAUGGAGUUUGUAGGAGGUGAGCCCUCUAAGAAACGCAAACGCCGCACCUCCUUCACCCCCCAGGCCAUAGAGGCUCUCAAUGCCUACUUCGAGAAGAACCCACUGCCCACAGGCCAGGAGAUCACUGAGAUUGCUAAGGAGCUCAACUACGACCGGGAGGUUGUGCGGGUCUGGUUCUGCAAUCGGCGUCAGACGCUCAAGAACACCAGCAAGCUGAACGUCUUUCAGAUCCCUUAAGGCUCAGCCCCCAGCCCUUUGUUCCAGCACUUUGUACUUUUCCCUUUGGCACCUGGCUGCAGCCACUGCUGUGACAGCACCUGUCAUUCUGCCAUGUGUGGCUGUGCUUGUCCUGGGUCAUGAGACUUCCCUGUGUGCAUGUGCGUCAGCUGCCUCCCUCCUCUUUCCCACAUAUCUCACAUCAUCAGGAUGGCAGAGGGCCCACCGAGAGCUCCAGGCUCAGGGCAGGUCACACUGAGGGAGGGGAUCUGUGGUGUCACUUAUAGAAGCACUUUGCUAAUGUGGUUUUCGAAGGGUGAAUUCUGGUUGGGAACCAGAAACUCCCCGUCUUUGGGGCAGGGCUGCAGUGGCCCCUAAAGACCACUGGCCAUUAGCUUUUGUUUUCCAUGGCAUUCUUUCUCCACCCUCUCUUCUCCUUUGCUCCUCUGUGUGAGUGUGGCGGGUAUGGCACCUCAUCCAGUGGAACCACAGCCUCACCCCCCACCCCCAUUGCCUGCAGGCACACUGUCCCCUGAAGUGACCCAAGAGACACAAUUCCAAAAAGCAUGAUGUGCUGCUUGGAAGGUCAGACUCAGAGUCUGCCUUGACCUCAAGGUCAGAAGGUUCCCACACCCCUGGGGCCAGAAUAUGGUGUCUCCUCUCCCACAUCUCCCUGGUUCCUUUGGGGGGAAAUUGCACUAAAGCAGAACCCGUUCUUUUGUAAUCCCUGUUGGAAGGAAGCAACAGUGAACUUUAGCUGUCCUGGAGUUGACCUGGGUCUGCAGCAGGUUGGGAACUUAGUAAAUAAGGCCACCCUCCCAGAUUUUGAUCUAAUCUCUCUGUCCAUGGCCAUCUCCCCUCAAAACAGUGUUGCUAAGAGAACUUGCUGCCCAGAAAAUCUAACUGCCCAACUAAGCAGGCACUCUGCAGAAAAAUGAAAGGAAUGCUGACUCUCUUUCUCUGGUCCUCACACUCACCUCCAACCCAGUACUGAGGCCUUCUCAGAAGGGGCAAAUUAAACAAUAAACCAGAGAGCAAGGCCCAGGAGGAAAGGCCAACAUCCAGAAAGAGCUGAUGGCAGCCCAGGAAAGUGUCUUGUGGGAGGUGAUGUAACUCUAAUUUUCUUUGUAACUUUAAGCCUUGAGUGCUGGAGGAGAAGUCUUAUUUUGUCGAGCCUGAGACCACGUGUUUGUGUAAGCAAUCCCCCCUGUGCGCCCCUGGUCAAGAAUACCCCUGGAGCAGGAUGGGUUUUGCCUCUAGAGAGGGUAGCUAUGGUACGUCAAGGGUUGGCAUCUCAUCUGAGCUGCUGAGUGAGUUUCCCAGCCCCACGGUGGCUGGACAGCCCCUGGAACUCAGCAUGUGACUCCAGGAGGUCGGGAGAGCACUGAGAGGUUUGCUUAGUUGAGCCCAGACUUGCUGUGUAGAACAUCCCUAAAGGGCCACAAGUCAUGGGGCAGUCACCCCCUCUUCUCACUCCUCUUGUCCUUACAGAGCCAGGUCUCCACGUGCUGCCCUCCACUGCACCUCACAUGAUACACCCCUGAGGAAGAGACUGCCAGGUGAGGGCGCAUCACCCCCUCUGUCCAUCACUGGUACAGAGCCGCCUCUUAGCCUCACUUCCCCUGGCAUGCUCUGCUUCCUUUCCUGCCAAUGGCUGGUCCCUCCCAGGCCCUACAGUGCCAGCAUGGCCACCCUCUUGGUAGCCCUGCCAAUGAGAGGACACUUGUGUGUCAAGUUGCCGCACACACACUUCUGCCCCGCUGCACUGGGACCAACCAGACCUGCCAGAGGGUAGCAGGGGUGGUGAGGAAGCAGGUGGGCGCCUUGCCUGCCCCAGCCUCCCAGGUGAGAAUAUGUCUUCAAGGGGGAGGGUCCACCCUCGAGUUCAGGGUCAUCAGCCUAUCUCAAUGAAAUAAUAGGCUCACCUGGAAGGGGAGCUGUAAACAAGUUUUCAGUGAGAAUAAAGUUCCAGCGUCUGUAAGGGAUUCAGUGACCUACGCUUCACUAAGUUAGAGAGGGGCAGGUUUUCACCCUCAAGCACUGGCGUUCAGUUGUACUUUCUUUUUUGGGAGAGACAAGUGGGUCAUGGCUGGUGCUCUGGGAGCAGCAUAUAAUCCAGGGUGUGUCCAUGGCAGUGGAUAUGCAGGAGGACACCGUCUGUCCUGUGUCAUGGCAGGAAAAAGACCAUGAACUGCUGGUCUAAAUGAGGCCUGGCCGAGCUUUCUCAGCUCCUCCCUUGUCUAAAUCUGUCUUCCCAAGGCUGGGUUAGAACGAAACCCUUUUCUCCUCUGCUGGAAGGAUGGGUAGGUCUUUCAGAGGAAGGAUACCAGGGGCAGAAUUUUCGCAGGCCAAAUUCCCCAGGCAGGGGGGUGUGGGGUGUCCCUGAAGCGUGCCCAAAGCGGAGUUCACCUCCCUGUGGUCUCUGCUCCUGCUCCCCCACCGCAGGGCCCCCGAGAAGCAGCUGUGGCCCUGAGGUUGGUGGUUUUGUUUUGAGUAGUACCAAACUCUGAAGGGAGUUGACACAAAUUUUGUUUUGAAAGCACCUUCCUGGACUGAAGCCAGAGCUCAGUGGUUCGUUUCCCACGGAAAGGCAGGAAAAGGGGCAGAAAUGGUUUUAACUGUUCUCGUGUGGUUUUUUUUUUGUUUUAAAUGAAAGGAAGACCAAAACUUUCUAUGGUCUGCUGAAUCACCUGGGGCCUUUGACUCUGCACUAACCAUGGCAUUUUACCCAGGUGAGGUCCAGGGAAAGAAUCGAGCCAGAGGAAUUGGGGAACAUACUUGAAUUUGGAACGAGAGACCCUGACAUUUUUGUGUCCUUGGAAAUCCAGUCACCUCCGUAUGCCUAGAUUCCCUUCCUGUCAUAGGCCAGGCUCUGACACUGAGGUUCUGACUGUCCCCCGACAUGGGGCAAAUACUGCUGAGGGCUGGAGUGAGGGGUGGGGAGGGGAGAAGGGAGGAGAAGCACUUGAUGUAGUUGUGUGGAAUAAACAGUAUUUUUUCUUUUGUA